CUCAGCUGUUCACUCAAUGGACAGUCAAGUCAUUAACGCCCGCGCAAUAACUCGCUCCUAUUCAUAAAAAAUUUUUUUUCUUUCGUUAUUUUUAUUUUAGUUUUUUUAAUUGCAGCUAAAAUGUCAAGUAAACAAUUGAUUAAUUCUGUUGACACAACUGUUGGUGAAACGUUAUCUGGACUUUGUUGCGCUUAUCCAAAAUUGGAGCAUCAUGAGGCUAAAAAUGUUGUUCUGAUAGCAAAUUAUAAUAAUCGUAGAGAUAAAGUAUCAAUAAUUAGUGGUGGAGGUAGUGGGCAUGAACCAUUUGCUGGUGGUUUUGUAGGUACCGGAAUGCUGACAGCUUCAGUUGCUGGUUCUGUAUUUGCUGCACCACCUCCUAAUCAUAUUCUUCAUGCUUUGAAUUCAGUUUAUAAUGAUGCUGGUACGUUGGCUGUGAUACCAAAUUAUACUGGUGAUUGUUUGAAUUUUGGAAUAGCUAUUGAAAAAGCUAGACAAAAACAUCUCAAGAUUUCAGAAAUAAUAAUCGGAGAUGACUGUAGUAUUCCGAAAUCUGAUCAAGGUCGGGCUGGUAAACGAGGACUUGUUGGUAUAUUAUUUGUUAUUAAAAUAACUGGAGCAAUGGCUGAACGAGGAAAUGGUAUUGAUGAAAUAUUAUACCAUGCUAAAAUACUGGCGGAUUGUAUAGCAACUUAUGGAGUUGGGUUACGCUCAUGUUCUUUACCUGGACAAAAUAUGUUGGUCGAUAUGCCAGCAGAUGAAAUAGAAAUAGGACUUGGAGUCCAUGGAGAAGCUGGAUAUCGUAGAAUAAAAAUAAAAAACGCAGCUGAAGUAGUUGGUACAUUACUGGAAACUAUUUCUCAAACUUUAUCAUUACUCAGUAAUGACUCGGUAGCUGUUUUGGUAAAUAAUUUUGGCGGCACAAGUCAAUUAGAACAAGGAAUCGUCAUUAAUGAAAUAGUUACACAACUGAGAAAUAAAAAUAUAAAAGUAUGCAGAGUUUAUUCUGGAGUACUAAUGACAUCAUUAGACGCUGCGGGGAUUCAUAUAUCUAUUUUAAAAUUGCCAGAAGAAUAUAAAAAGUUAUACAUUGAUUGUCUUGAUGACACAACAGAAGCACCCUGCUGGCCAGGAUGUGCUUACAGUCUUCCUACAUCAGACUGCAUUGAUAAUAAGAAAUUAAUUUCGAGUGCGCAAGUACCUGAUACUAAAGAUCUAAAAAAAAAAUCCAUGGGUCCAAAACUAAAUGAGCGAGAGAGCAAAAUAAUAAAGGAAUGUUUGAUAAAUGCAUGCAAAGCAAUUAUUAAUAACGAAGAGACAUUAAAUACGUUGGAUCGUGGCUGCGGUGAUGGCGACUGCGGUUCCACGCACAAAAAACUGGCUGACAAUAUUUUAAAAUCUAUGGAUACUUUGAGUACUUCGUAUCCCGUUUCAUUGCUUACUGAGCUGUCAGAAAUAGCAGAAGAAUGUAUGGGAGGAACUUCAGGAGCUGUUUAUAGUUUGAUGUUUACAACAGCGGCUUCAGCGCUAGCAGACUCAAAAGCGGAAGCUGGUUGGCCUCAAUUGUGGGCACAGGCCUGGAGAUCUGCUAUCAAUGGUGUUAUCAAGUACAGCAAAGCGGAGCCAGGCGAUAGAACGAUGUUGGACGCAUUAAAUCCUGCGUGUGCUGCAUUUACUGAGCAAUUAACUCACACUGAAUUUAAUGUUGUUAUUAAAAAAACUGUCGACGCAGCUAAAUUAGGAUGUAAUUUAACCAAACAAAUGAUUCCUAAAGCUGGACGGGCUGCGUAUGUAAAACAAUCGAAAUUUUUAAAUGACGUCGAUGCAGGAGCAUUUGGAGUUGUGAUUUGGAUUAAUGCUAUCGCUGAAAUAUUAAUUAGAGAAAUAGAAUAAAAGUACUAAUGGACGAAUUGAUUAAUAAAAAAUAUAAAAUCUAAGAGAUGUACGUAAAAGAACUUACAUGUAUAAAAUCUUUGGUACAUUAAUUUUAAUAACGCGUGGACCAAUAUUUUAUCUGAUGAACAAUUAUUUUUUUUUAAAUAUAAAUUGUAAUAAUAAUUUUAUUUUAAUAAAGAAAUGUUAAAUUUUAAAAAA